AUGCGUCGGCGGCGAGGACUCGAGACGUGGGCCAGCAGGCAGCGUAGAGAGGCUCGGAUGCAGGGCCCAGCUGUCAGGGCCGUGGGGUGCGUCGCGUGCGACCAGCAACUGCCGUUUCGCUCUCUGGCAGCCCGUCUACGGGGCAGUGAGGUCGUCGUCGAGUUUGGCACGUACAGCAAGCGACAGCCUGAGCUACACAGCCCUGGAGGGGACAGAGGGUUCAUCGCUGACGGCCAUGCAUCACUUACCCACAAUUCUCCCUGUAAUCGCAGCGUCAACAAGGGCAGCGCGGGAAACAAAGACGCACACAAGGCUGCCGUGGCCGUGAUGUCUGCGGUCUGCUGCGUAGGGCUUGCGCACACCAAUUCGAUAGCGGGCUUGUCUCUGGCGUUAGUCGCCCGUUGUGAGGAGACAGCGCAGGGUGCUUGGAUAGGUUCGAGGGGGCUGCGUCACGAGGGGGCCGAGAGUGAGUUCCUUGAGGAGUCACCCAGCGCACGCAGACGAUACAGUGCACGCCACGUUGGGCGGAGAUUGAUCUCGUCUCAAUCUCAGCCAACUCUCAGCGCAUACCCAAACUGCGACCUGCAAAGGGAAGGGGAGGGCGGCGGCGGCAACGAUUUGCGGCGGCUGUACCUGAGCCCAUGA